AGUUAUUAUGAUAGCAUAACUCUAGUUGAGUCAAAUGAAAGCUUCAAUGUUGAAAGGAUUGCCAAUGUGGCUCAUUUUCUUGUUCUGUGCACUCUGUUGUUCUGUGAUAACUAAGGUAGCAGGUCAGAAGACACUAGAGAAUAAAACAGUGGCUGUGAAUAUUGGGGUGAUUUAUGAACAAGGUAACAACAUGAGGAAGAUGGAGUUGAACUGCAUAAAGUUGGCACUUUCUGAGUUUUAUAAAUCUAAUAAACAGUACAACACCAGGAUAGUCCUCAAUACCAGGGUAUAUCCAAAGGACAGUGUUGCUGGUGCAACUUCAGCAGCUCUGUAUCUUCUUAAGUAUGCUGAAGUCAAGGCAAUAAUGGGGCCAAUAAAAUCUAUGGAGGCUGAGUUUAUAAUACAACUAGGAGAAGAAGCUCAAGUUCCCAUACUUUCAUAUUCUGCAACAAGCCCUUUUCUUUCUUCUGUCCAAAGCUCCUACUUCAUCCGUACAGCUUCAAAUAUUUUGCCUGAAGCAAAAGCCAUAAGUGCUCUUGUGCACACUUUUGGAUGGCGAGAGAUUGUUCCCAUCUAUGUAGACAAUAACUAUGGAACAGGCUUUAUACCCUACUUGACCUAUGCUUUGCAGCAAAUUGGUGCUCAUAUUCCCUAUCAUGGAGUCAUACCUUCAUUUGCCACUCAUGAUCAAAUUCGCGAACAACUUGUUAAGUUGAAGAGUAUGUCGACAAGUGUGUUUGUUGUGCACAUGUCUUCUGAUCUUGCUUCUCGCCUGUUCUUAAGAGCAAAUGAGCUAGAAAUGAUGGAAGAGGGAUUUGUUUGGAUAACAACAACUGGCAUAAGCAACGAGUUAGGCUCGCUAGAUAGUAGUGUGCUUGAGUCAAUGCAAGGAGUUAUUGGCUUAAAGACUUAUGUUCCACAAACAGAUAAUCUGAGGGACUUUGACAGUCGUUGGGAUAAAAAAUUCCGAGACAUGAAGCUUAGUAUAACUGGACUAUGGGCCUACGAUGCAGCUUGUGCACUUGCCAAGGCAGUAGAAUCAGUUGGAAAUCUAAACUUUGGUUUCCAGAAGAAAGAUAUGUUUGCAAAUUUUACUGAUCUAAAUACUUUAGGCGUCUCCUCUGUUGGGCGAAAACUUCUACUGGCAAUGCUUAAUACUAGCUUCAGUGGCCUUUCCGGACAAUUUAGUCUACCUGACAGGCAACUAAAUUCAUCAACAUACAGAAUCAUAAAUGUGAUUGGUAGUGGCAGUAGAGAUAUUGGAUUUUGGACUCCUAAGGAAAAACUUGUGCGAAGUUUGAAUUCUUCCAAUCAUAAUCUCAGAGCAGUUAUUUGGCCAGGAGAAACGACAUUAGCUCCGAAAGGUUGGGUUAAACUAGUGGGUAGGAAGAAGUUGAGAGUCGGAGUUCCUUUCAAGCCUGUUUAUAAGGAACUUUUGAAUGUGACCCUAGAUAAGACUACGAGGAACCUAACUGUCACAGGUUUCUGCAUUCAUGUGUUUGACACUGUUAUGGACAAACUUGGGUAUUCUAGGCUUUAUGAAUAUCAUCUGAUUCCUGGUCGCGAUGGUAGACCGUCUGACUCCUAUGAUUAUUCUGUACACCAGGUGUUUCUUCAGAACUUUGACAUCGUUGUGGGAGACAUUACUAUAACUGCUAACAGAUCAAAAUAUGUGGAUUUUACACUGCCAUACACUGAAUCUGGUGUGACAAUGGUCGUUCCUAUUAGAAAUGAGAGGCGAAAUGCAUGGGUGUUCUUGAAGCCGUUAACUUGGGAUCUAUGGGUGGCUAGUUUAUCGGCGUUUAUUAUCAUAGCUUUUUCUAUUUGGGUCCUUGAACAUCGAGUAAAUAACGAAUUUCGUGGACCUCCAUCACAGCAGGCUGGCACUAGUCUCUUUUACUCAUUCUCCAUGCUAGUUUUUGCACAAAGAGAGAAUGUAUUGAGUAACUUGUCCAGGUUUGUAGUGGUUAUUUGGGUGUUUGUAGUGUUUGUACUAACUCAAAGCUACACCGCCAGCUUGACUUCUAUGUUAACUGUUCAACGGUUGAAGCCUAGUAUUACAGAUGUACAUGAGCUAAUAAUCAAAGAGGCUUAUGUAGGGUUUCAAGAGGGUUCCUUUGUCCAGGGACUCCUAAUACAGAAAGGUUUUCAUGAAUCAAGACUUGUUUCCUACAACACUUCAGAGAAUUUAGACGACCUUCUUUCAAAAGGUAACUCAAAUGGGGGCAUUGCAGCUGUUUUUGAUGAAAUCCCCUACAUGAAGCUUUUCCUUGCAAAGUAUUCUACAAAAUAUAUAAUGGUUCAACCUCUUUACAAGGCUGAAGGCUUUGGAUUUGCAUUUCCAAAAGGUUCCUCCUUAGCCCCUGAUGUUUCAAGGGAAAUAUUGGACCUUGUAGAAAGUGAUAAUAUGCUGGCAAUGGAGAAAGCAUGGGGUAUGCCACUGUAUAAUGUUUCAGAUGAAGGUAACAAGGUAGCAGCUUCCAGCAGUCUGAGUCUUGACAAUUUUUGGGGUCUAUUCAUGAUAGCUGGAGUUGCUUCAGGAAUGUCUCUCCUUAUCUAUGUAGCAACAUUCUUGUAUGAACACAAACGUAUCUGGCUUUACUCCUCCGCUUCAAUAAGGAGCAAAGCCCGUGAUCUAGCUGAAGCUUUUCUGCAACGAGACAUGGCAUCUCAUACUUUCAGGAACAACGAAGUCCAGAUCGCAAGAAAUGUGAAAAUUGAUGAGUCCAUCCACAGUGUUGACAAUACUGAUUCUCCUCCCAGGCCAUCAACCUUGACAGAUCACACAGAAGAGGACUUGGUAUUAUCUGCAGGAACAACUCCUUCGUCUGAUCAUGUUAGUCAGCCCCUCGCUUCAGCAGCUACUGAAGAAAUUAGCCACCCGUCAGAUUAUCAAAAUGAUCACAGUAUCUAGCUAAGAAUUUGUAGAAGUAAUUGGCAAGAGAAAAUGUUUACUCUUGUCAGUUGAAGUGAAUGAUGUUAACCAUUAAAAUUUAUAAGCUAUAUUACCUUGACUCUUUUCUUUUUUUUCUUGUGCAAGCUAAGGGAGGAAAUCCUUACCUGAAAAUUCAUAUUCACCCAUACACUUGGAUUAUCUUACACAAAAGUUGUAUAAAAUUAAAAAUAUGUUGCAUGAA